UUAUAAAGGAGGUGGGAUGUACUAGAGAAAGAAAGAGAGACGGUUUUGUGUUUUUGUGAAGGGGAGUGAUCGAAAGAGAGAGAGAGAGAGAGAGAUGGGGAGAGGGAGAGUUGAGCUGAAGAGGAUAGAGAACAAGAUCAACAGGCAGGUGACUUUUGCAAAACGGAGAAAUGGGCUUUUGAAGAAAGCGUAUGAGCUUUCGGUUCUAUGUGACGCUGAGGUUGCUCUGAUUAUCUUCUCCAAUAGAGGAAAGCUGUACGAGUUUUGCAGUAGCUCUAGCAUGCUCAAGACACUGGAAAGGUAUCAGAAGUGCAACUACGGAGCUCCAGAUACAAGUGUAUCCACAAGAGAGGCACUGGAACUGAGCAGCCAGCAGGAAUAUUUGAAGCUCAAAGCACGCUAUGAAGCCCUACAGCGUACUCAAAGGAACCUUCUUGGUGAGGAUCUUGGGCCUUUGAACAGCAAGGAGCUAGAAUCACUUGAAAGGCAGCUUGAUAUGUCACUGAAGCAGAUCAGAUCAACAAGGACUCAAGCAAUGCUGGACACCCUCCAAGAUCUUCAGAACAAGGAGCAUGCCCUCAAUGAAGCUAACAAGAGUUUGAAACAACGGUUGAUGGAGGGAAAUCAGAUGAACUUGACAUGGAACCAAAAUGCUCAAGAUGUGGGCUAUGGAAGACAACCACAACACCAACCUCAGGCUGAUGGAUUCUUUCAUCCUUUGGAAUGUGAACCCACUCUACAAAUUGGGUACCAUACUGAUCCAAUAACAGGUGCAGCAGCAGGGCCUAGUGUGAAUAACUACAUAUCAGGGUGGCUACCAUGAUAAGUGUUUGGACCAAACUUCAAACUCCCAUUUGAAGUUUGAUCUCUCUCUCUCUCAUGCAUAAAACUCAGGGAAUUUCAAUCUUUUAAUUUCUGUGUGUUAUUUUCAUAAAAGCAAAACAUGUUUAACUUUAUGGAAUAUGAUCAGACCAUUGGUAUUAUGAUCUUCCAAUCUGUUGGAAAAUUGGAACUACUAUUGUAAGUCACACUCUGUUUGUGGACACUUUGAAUUUGCCUCUUACUUUCUAUGCAGAAUGUGUAAAGAAAAUCUUUCAUGUUUCUGUUCAAA